GCCACUCAGCCAAAGCACUGGGCAGCCUGGGCUCUUCCCCGACCUGUCUCCCCAUCACAGGAAGAUGAGGCAGGAUGAACGGGCCACCUGGGGAAGAAAGGACCAAACUCCUCUUGGUUUCCAGGCCCAUCAAGGGGUCCAGCAGAACAGACGACAUGGCUGAGUACGACUACAAAGACUUCGGGGUCUUCAACAGUUCCAAUGACAGCAAACAGGAGAACCAAGACUUCCUGCGGUUCAGCAAGCUCUUCCUGCCGUGCGUGUACGUGGUGGUGUUCGUCUGUGGCCUGGUGGGGAACUCCCUGGUGCUGGUCAUCUAUGUCUUCUACCAGAAGCUGAAAAGCCCGACGGAUGUGUUCCUGAUGAACCUGCCCCUGGCUGACCUGGUGUUCGUCUGCACUCUGCCCUUCUGGGCCUACGCAGGCACCCAUGAGUGGGUCUUUGGCAACGUCAUGUGCAAAGUCCUGCUGGGUAUCUACACGCUGAACUUCUACACAUCCAUGCUCAUCCUCACCUGCAUCACCGUGGACCGCUUCAUCGCCGUGGUGCGGGCCACCAAGGCCUACAACCAGCAGGCCAAGCGCAUGGCCUGGGGUAAGGCCAUCUGCUUGUCCAUCUGGGUGGUUUCCCUGCUGGUUUCCUUGCCGCAGAUCAUCUACGGCAAUGUCCUUUACCAUGACAAGCCCAUCUGCAGUUAUCAGGAGGAGAUUUCCACCAUGGUGCUGGCCAUCCAGAUGACCCUGGGGUUCUUCCUGCCACUGCUUGCCAUGAUUGUUUGCUACUCGGUCAUCAUCAAGACCCUGCUUCAGGCUCGAGGCUUCCGGAAGCACAAGUCUCUGAAGAUCAUCUUCCUGGUGGUGGCGGUGUUCCUGCUGACCCAGAUGCCCUUCAACCUUGUGAAGCUCAUCCGUAGCACGAGCUGGGAGUACGACACCAUGACCAGCUUCCACUACGCCAUCACAGUGACAGAGGCCAUUGCCUACCUGCGUGCCUGCCUGAAUCCUGUGCUCUAUGCCUUUGUUGGCCUCAAGUUUCGGAAGAAUUUCCGGAAGCUUGUGAAAGACAUAGGCUGCCUCCCUUACCUGCGUGUCUCUGGCCAACACACAUGUUCGGAGGACACUUCCAGGAGUGCGUCAGCCUCUCACAAUGUGGAGGCCACCAGCAUGUUCCAGCUGUAGGGCUCAGGGAGGCUCCCGGAUGUCACGGGAGCACGGCUGUGUCUUCCGGAUGAGGCAGGCUUUGUGUAUAGUGCGUGCGUUCUCAUGGAGGUUACCCAACGCCGCAGCUGGGGCGGGCUGCUGCUUCUUAGGCAUGAACAGAUCUGCUUUUUCACAGCCCAGCCUAAGCUCAAAGGGGAGUCUGAAAGCUGCGAGGGCUUUCCUUCCUCCACCCCAACAAUACUGAUGCCAGGAAAUGACAUGUGAUUCUCAAGACCCCAGGUUCUCCUUCACUGGGAAUGGGACGGGGACAAAGAGUUGAAGAGGGGGACAUGGCCAACAAAGGUCUUGAAGGCAGGUAAGAGUCUGGGUUUCCAAGUUCCGAAAACUUUUCUGAUGGCUGGUAAGCAGGGGACAUUAGAGCAGCCGUGAAAACCGGUGCUGACCUUGGUGUCUUAGACCUUCCUCACCAGGUGCCUGACAGAAAUGAGCUCAGGUUCUGUCACACCUUCGGGGUUUUGUUUUUAUAGAGAUAGCUGGUUAAUCCUGCUAUCUUUGCUUAAUAUGGAAGGACUAGCACCGGGAAACACGAAUGGGCCGAAGCAAAGUAGGGUCGGCUGAAGAUUCCAGUGGGCCACAGAAGGCUAGAAAAAUAUGCAAAGCUGGUGAAGAGUGUCAGGAAUCUAAGCAGCACUUCUUAAAUGGAUCCUCAGUGGGUUUGCUCUUAAAAUCUGAAUUACUCAAUGCCUCACAUACAAAUCAUGUAUAAAUGUAUAUGUUUUACACACACAUGCAUAUCAAAUAGCAUAUGAUUUUCAUGACUGAGAAAUAAAACUUUUAAAAUCUC